AUGAAUAAUAAAAAGGUAUGUAGAACAACUUGCCCAAAUGGAACUUAUCAAGAUUCAGGUAGUGGUCUUUGCAAGUAAUGUGACUUCUCUUGUUCUCAAUGCACAGGUCCUAGUAAUUCAUAAUGCAAGGCUUGCUAAUUUUUAACAUAUUUGAGCAAUGGUUCGUGUGUUACAACUUGCCCAACUGGAUAAUAUGCUGAUGAAACAUCAAAGACAUGCAGUAAUUGUCCAGAUGGGUGCUCUAGUUGUACUAGUUAUACUAAUUGUACUGGUUGUAAAACUGGUUAUACUUCGAGUUCAGGAGCGUGUUCUGAUUCUUCAUGCACUGGUAAUUGCGCUACAUGCAGCAGCUCUAGUAAAUCUAGUUGCCUUUCUUGCACAUCAAAUCUUUAUCUUUAACCAGGAAAUACUUGUAACUCUACAUGCCCAUCAGGUUAUUAUUAAAAUUCAUAAAAUAUGACUUGUACUGCUUGUUCAACUGGAUGUAAAGCCUGUUCAGACGGAAAAACUUGUACUUAAUGCGAUGCAUCUAGCGGUUAUAGGUAAUAAGGUAAUUCAUGUACUCUUUGUGCUUCAACUUGUGCAACUUGUUCUUCGUCGAAUCCCAAUUCUUGUUAAUCUUGUGAGAAUGGUUUAUAUUUAUUUAAUAAUUAGUGUGUAGUAACCUGCUAAAAAGGAUAUUUUAAUGGACCUAAUUACACUUGCUCACCAUGUGUAACUGGAUGUGAUUAAUGUUCAAAUGGAAAUUCAUGUACUACUUGCAGCACUGAUUAUUAGCCCUUCACAUAUAAAAACCAACAGAUUUGUAUAAAUUCCUCCUCUUGCUUUUCUCCUUGUUCCACUUGUAGUGGUACUUUCUAGCCUACAACAUGUGCAACAUGUAAUCAAUCAUUCUAUUUACAAGGUACAAAUUGUGUAGCUACAUGUAACUAAGGAUAUUAUGCCAACUAAUCUAAUUAAACAUGUGUUUAAUGUCCAGCAAAUUGUUCUGGUAUGUUCUGA